UCACCGGCUCUUCUUCGGUUCUCCCCUCUGAUUCUCCCCCAAGUCCCGAAGUUGACUUUCCGAGGCGACACGGCGGCUUCAGCCGACUUCUUCCCCUUCCUCUGCCUCCCCAUGGAUAUGCACUGCAAAGCAGAUCCCUUCUCCGCGAUGCACCCAGGGCACGGGGGUGUCAACCAGCUCGGGGGGGUGUUUGUGAACGGCAGGCCCCUACCGGACGUGGUGAGGCAAAGGAUCGUGGAGCUGGCUCACCAGGGGGUGCGACCCUGCGACAUCUCCCGGCAGCUGCGGGUCAGCCACGGCUGCGUCAGCAAGAUCCUGGGCAGAUACUACGAGACGGGGAGCAUCAAACCCGGAGUGAUCGGAGGCUCCAAGCCUAAAGUAGCGACCCCCAAAGUAGUGGAUAAAAUCGCCGAAUACAAGAGGCAAAACCCCACCAUGUUCGCUUGGGAGAUUCGUGACCGGCUACUGGCCGAAGGCAUCUGCGACAACGACACUGUCCCCAGCGUGUCCUCCAUAAACCGGAUCAUCAGAACCAAAGUGCAGCAGCCUUUCCACCCCACGCCAGAUGGGAGCGGGGCAGGAGUGACUGCACCUGGGCAUACUAUAGUUCCCAGUACGGCAUCCCCUCCCGUCUCCAGUGCCUCCAAUGAUCCAGUGGGCUCCUACUCCAUUAACGGGAUUCUGGGGAUUCCUCGGUCGAAUGGUGAGAAGAGGAAACGUGAUGAAGAAGUAUCCGAGGGCUCAGUCCCCAACGGCGAUUCCCAGAGCAGUGUGGAUAGUUUGCGGAAGCACCUUCGUGCCGACACUUUCACGCAACAGCAGCUGGAAGCUUUAGAUCGAGUCUUCGAGCGUCCUUCUUACCCUGAUGUCUUUCAGGCAUCAGAGCACAUCAAAUCUGAGCAGGGUAAUGAGUACUCCCUCCCAGCUCUGACCCCUGGUCUUGAUGAAGUCAAGUCAAGUCUAUCCACCUCUGCUAACCCAGACCUGGGGAACAACGUGUCAGGACCCCAGACAUACCCUGUAGUGACUGGUCGUGACAUGGCAAGCACAACCUUGCCUGGCUACCCACCCCAUGUUCCACCAACUGGACAGGGCAGCUAUCCAACCUCAACUCUUGCAGGAAUGGUGCCUGGGAGUGAAUUCUCAGGAAAUCCUUACAGCCACCCUCAGUAUACAACCUACAAUGAGGCCUGGAGGUUCAGCAACCCUGCCUUACUAAGUUCCCCUUAUUAUUAUAGUGCCACAUCCCGGGGCUCCGCACCUCCCACUGCUGCCGCUGCCUAUGACCGCCACUAGUUACCAUGGAAACCACAUGAAACUGCAAGGUGACAGCCUAGGCCUCCAUAUUGUACCUGUCUGAUGAACAUUCUGCACCACUUGGAAGGAUGAAGAAACUUUCUCCAUUUCCCUCACCUGCCCCUUAUACCUGCUCUCCACUUUAAAACUACAAAACGUACUGGGAUAUCACGCAUUUGCUACCAGAAUGAAAACUUCAUGUCCCUUGCAAUGCAGCCAAGCUACUUCAUUGGAUGAUGGCAAAAACAGGCAUGUAGCCAAUGCUCCUGCAGCUGUUGCUAUUCUAAUGCUGCUGCAGCACUUCAGAUGGUCCUGCAGGAGUCAUUCCUUGGUUCUCUAGCCUUCAAUUCCUUCCACAGGAGGCUUCCCUAACCUCUAACUGUGAGAGGAAUCCGAGCAAUAUAGCCUGCAGUGUCUCUUUUUUGGAGUGGUAUGGAUAGGAGGUAGCAAAGGAGAAUGCUGCAUACAACUCAUUGCUCCUUCAAGAGAUGAUCUGUGAAAAGCACCUCAGCAUGAUAAACAACAGUUUCCAGAGAGAAUCAAUUGACUCAGCCUAGUAAAGGUGAAAAGACCUAUGCCAUCCUUUCUGUUCCACAAGGGUUUCUUUGUGUGACCCAUUUCACUCCCAUUUCUCCAUAGGUUGGUUGAAUUAGGCCUUGCCUUCUUCACAGCCUCAUCUGGAGAUUGAUUGCAUCCAAUAUGUUAUAAUCUUACAGGCUGGAGCUUGGCAACAGUUCACACACAUACACACACAUACAGAGGCAAGUCAGACAGGAGGAUGGAGUGAUGUCAACCAACUGGCACAAUGAAGAACUAUAUAAAUAGAUAUAUAAAUAUAACUGUUUUUAAUGCUUUGUCCUGAAGGUCUGUAAAAAGGAGGGAAGGGAAGGGAACAAAUCCCCAGUUUUCUAAAAAGCAAAAAAAGUCCUGGCAAAACCAAGCUGAAAUAUUUCCCCAACCUGAAUGGACUCCCCUUUUAUUCCUGGAUUUCAUUAUUUUUCUGUUAUACACUGGAAUGUACAUGUGUGGCAGAGAGGAGUGCAAGUGCAUUCUGUGAGAAACUAUUCACCUAAUAUACAAGUCCAGCAAGCUUAAAUCCCCCUACCAUCACCACAGGUAUGCCACAUUUCAUUAAUCAGUUGUCAGAAGAAGAAGGAAAUGCUCACUUCUGGGGGGAUAGAAGCAUUUGGGGCAUCUGACACUGAACCAAAAUAAUUCCAAAUUGACUUGGGUUGUUUCUUGAUCUUUCCAUUUUUGCCACAAAUAUAACUACAUUGCAAUAGGGACUGGAUGGGGGCUUCUCCCUAUAGAGCUGUGGUCUUCUGAAAUGGUGGCAUACAGAAAAAGCAGGUUUCUCUCCUUGAACCUCAAGCUUGUUUAAACCUAGUCUUAUGUCAGUCAGCCCACAAUGUCCAUGUUUGGGGGGCUGUUCAUAUCCUUGUUUCUGCAUGCCGAAAAACUGAGGAGAAUUUGGAUUUCUAAGAAGUUCACUUUUUUUUAAAGGCCAGUUUCUUGUCUCUGUGGACCCAUCGAUGGAAACAUACAGUUAAUGUCCUAUACAAGGUUGCUGUGCUAGAGGGAUGGGACCUUGGUUCCCUAUAUCUUAUCCCCUGAUCAUGGCAUCCACUUAAAUUCCACAAGCAGCUUGUCUCCUCUUGCCACCACACUAUGAAAUAUCGUGUUGAUGAAAUAUCCUAAAUUAUGCAAACUCUUAAAUGCCAGGAUCAAAAUAAACAUGCAGAUGGAGCAAUUUUAUGUAAGCAGGCAUAUCUCCAUUAACUGUGAUGGUUUACAAACAUAAUUUUGCAUUCAGAAUUUGCAGUAGGGUUGGAUUUGAACUGAGGAUUCAAGCAGAAUAUGGCAGGACAAAAUUUGCUCAUAUUUAUCUUGUGUAAAUCUCAUGUUAGGCCAUCAGUUAUCAACAGGAGAACGGAAAGGCAUUUCUGGGGUAGACACAAUAUAUGUCCCAGUGUACAUCUUGACAGACUCAAAAGGCAGCGUGUGAACCCAGUUUCAAAUGAGUAUAAAGCAGCAGGUUUUUAACUCCAUUCUUUUACAAAUUGCCAUAUCCAAGUGGAAAUAUCACUGUAUUUGGGGCCAUAUUUUUGCUUUAUUAGCCCCUUCUAUAGGGUUUGCAAAGCAUGUUGAUAGCCAGGAGCUCUAAUGACGCUUUUCAGUUUUUCUCUGUAACCUGGUUGCCCCAGGUGAAUUGACCGACUUUCUUUGAAUUCAUCUGUAUUUGUUUGAGAGGAUUUCUUGAGUCACAGAUGCUCACAAGAACAAGCUACUAUGUUCUAGGCCUACAGAAGUCACCUAUAUCCACAUCUGUGCUAUAUAUUCCAUUAACACCCCCAAAUUAUAAGGAUAAAGCAGGAAAUCCUUUUGUAAAUAUACCUGCUCUUUUUCUCAUAGAGGGCACAUAAAGAAAUAUUGGUCAAUCAAAAACAGUUUCGGUGCCACUUCAAACCUGCUCAUGCAUACACUUAUAACUCUAUUUGAGGAAAAGACUGUUUAAGAUUGCCCAUUGACUAGCAUUAAAUGUGAUUCCCAAAAUGUCUGGGAAGCAAAAUAGCUGGUUGGGCCAAUUGAAAACUGGUUAGGUUGUAACUAACAAGUCCUUGAAGCCCAAACCUUCGCUAUCCCAGAAAGGAGGGAGUAUAAGAAUGCUGACAUAUCUCACUUGCUUAAAAAUCUCUGGUUCAGGAAAACACAAAUAAAGAAAAGUACAACUCAGAAUAGUCUGAUCUUUUAUUCAUGGCCUUUUACUUAUACACUGGUAAAGAAGAAGGGGGACAUCACUGCUGGCUUGAUUUGAAGCCUGCUGACAUAGAUAGCAAGUUUGAUUUGGCCUGACACGAUCAUAAGGAGAGUUAGCAAUUCUAUCUGGAGCAUCCUAUGCAAAGGACCAGGCUGAGUCUUGGUCUUUCCAUCACGUCUUCUCAAGAGCCACCUGCGAAUGUGUGUAUUACAUUUGCCAAAGAAUUUAUUGUGUUGGCCCCUGACUGUUUUGAGUUAUAGUUGGUGGAUUGCAUUGUAAAGCAGUAUUAUAGUUAAGUUUAGUAACUGACAUGGGGAUUUAUGUGAUGAUAUUAUA